AUGUAUCGAUUGUACAAUUGGGCGAAGAGUUUGGGUCCAAAGAACUGGAAGAAUGACAAUACGAUUAAACUAAAGCAAACAGACCAUCAGAUGCUUCAAUACUUAUUCACCACAUUUGGGCAAAUGGUUACAUCAUUUGACUGCCAUAACGAGCAUCUAUUACCAUAUCUGACCCAUUGUCCCAAUUUGCCCUAUAUAUGGGAUAUUGGCUUCCGAUCUAUGUUUACCGCCGAAGACAAUCAGUUACUGACAUUCAAUCGUUUAAAUGACAUUCAUUUCAAGAUGAGUGACAAUGACAUCGAUUUCAAUGCCUAUAAAGUGUUUGUCGCUUAUUAUAAAUCUCGUCUCCGAUGUCUUGGAUUCAGUGAAAUGAGUCAAUCGAUUGAAUCGCAAGCAAUGAUCACUCGAUUGUUGACACAAUUGAAUGAAUUUCAAGAAUUAAAACAAUUAUCUCUUGGAUUUGAGAUGUUUGGAGAACCGCUUCAGUAUUCACUUAAUGGUAGUCUUAUGGCAAUUGGCAUAAAGUGUUUGAAACUCAAAGACUUAACGCUAUAUUUUCAAUCAAACGACACGGCAUUGAAUGUCCAGACAAUGAAUGCCAUGAAAUAUAUGCCGCGUUUAANCUUCAAGGACAAGACAACAGCGCCCAAGAAUGUGGUGUUUAUGGGACGGGUUGUGUCCGCUGGCUAUGAGGCGCCGCUCGUCAACGACGACGAGUAUUUGACUGCUCUUAAAGUCGCCGAACUCUGUGGACAACCACUGGAUGUUGUCAUUUGUAAUACAAUGGAUGGGAUGUGCGAUAAGAGUGGCAACAUUUGCAAUGCUUAUCGCGAGACCGAUAAAAAUAAGGCUAAAGAAUCGAAACGAUCGUCAAUUGAUUCCAAUUGCAGUUCUGAGAGAAAUGGUUUCGUUUUGUUGGACACCAAUCAGUCAGACGCUGAGCCUAAGAGUAGGUCCGACUCCGCGACACAAAUUGACGCCAAUUUGGUUGUAAUGACUAAAACACAAAUUGAAAACAUUAAGAAUGAGAUCACAAUCGAUAAUGAGAUCACAAUCGAUGUGACAAAACGCUUGAUUUCAAAGCUCACUGAAUGCCUACAAGAAAUCACUACCGAAAGCAUUAAUGGCUCAGUGAAUGGCAAUUCCACGUCGGGAUCAGAUAUGCGAUCCGAAACGGCUUCACAAGAGCCACCAGUGGAGACCGUGAAAGUGGUUCACGAGGGCAUCAUUUGCGACAAUUGCGAUCUUCAGAUCGAAGGCAUUCGCUAUAAAUGUAUCAAUUGUUUGGAUUUUGAUUUAUGCGAGAAAUGCAAACAAUUGCCGUCAGUUCACGACCGGAACCAUAAGUUUAAUAAAAUCGAGCGAUACAUACGAGGUAUUCCUCAACAGGCGAUUCCACAACACUUGGGAUUUCUAACGCCUUUCCUCUCGUCAGCGACUGUCGAUCCAAACACUCACGACGUUAUCCUCGCAUUGGAUGUCGACUUAAGGAACGGAACCAUUAGUAGCACUAAUCUGUCGAAACCCGUUCCUUCGGCUUCAACUCAGACUCCGACUAAUCAAAGGGACAAUUCUGUGCCCAAUAAACAGGACGAUAAUGAAUGCGACAAUACGUCUACUAUUGCGCAAAGCGGUGAGGAAGAGGCCGGUGCUGUCGGAUCACAAGUCCAUCUCAGGAAAUAUGUCACCGAAAGGAAAGCCAAUAAAAUCGCUAAGAAAUUGGAAAAACUAAAAAUGAAGAGUCAGAUGUAUAACAAUUUGUUGCAAUCAAGUGAUGAUCGUUCGGGCGCUACGGUCUCCGAGAGACUUAAAUCGACUACUCAUAGCGUCCCCGAGUGGCGAAUCCAUGAACACCCGGCCAUUACUUCCAAUAAAAAACUUUAUUUGAGCGGACUUUUGGUGGGCGAUGAGACCAUACCUGAGGGCACACGUAUUCCUCCCAACACUCGUUUCAGGAAGACAUGGAAAGUGCGAAACACUGGCACCAAAGUAUGGACGGGUCGGACAACACUGCGUUUCGUUUGGGGUCAUUCAGAUCUGGAGCCCUUCGGACGCGUCACUGAAGUCCAGGCGCCGACUCUUAGACCCGGCGAAGAGGGAAGAGUUACUAUUCGUUUUACUACUCCCAAUCCGACGACACCCACACGCUAUCAAAGCCAUUGGCGACUUCACCACAGGGGACAGCCUUUCGGACAGCGUCUCGAGUGUAAAGUGGUUGUCGACCCAAUGGCCGAGCCGUUGACACCAUUGGCUCCAAUCCUGUCAAAGGACUCAAAGCCCACUGCGUUGGCUCACCCACUGCUGCCGCCACCGCCGGCCCCCAAAGCCACUCCAAAGUCGAGUCUGAAUCUGAGUCCCAACUACGGCAUCGGUGCGACGAACUGCAACUUUGAGUCAAUCGCCAACAUUCACGCCUCGAUCCUCGAGUCUCAGCGCCAUUUGAGCGAUCGCUUGAAAGCGAUGGCCAGCGCUAAGCAAUCGGCGCUCACUAACAGCAAAGAGAAGACCCAAAAGACUUCAGUGAAGAAACUGACGGAAGCCUUGACUGCUGUGAAAGAAAUACGCUUUGAUUUGGAAGACAGCGAACCGAUUGGCAUGAGAUGUAACGUGAAGUCACACACAGCCACUCCGGCCAACACACCAUUCGAUGUGUCGCCACCCAAGUCUCCCGAACCCAAUUCGGCCGCCAAUGCGUUCACUCAUAUCUCGGCCGCCGAUAAACGAGAAGCAGAGCAACGAAAUGACUCGACAACGGAUACGGCCAACGAAGACAAAGCCGACGAAUCGGACAACGAGUCUCUGGAUGUGUUGAGCCUGAGUUCUGGCGAGAGUUCUGAUGAGUUUGUUUUGGUUCCGUUUCCGAGUUGUUUCGAUCUAAACGUUCCCUUCACUGGUGUUGACAACAAAGCUUUUGAAGACAUUAAAAAUGACGACAAUCUUCUCAAUAAAGAUAACGAUAAAUGCUUUGAAGUAAUCAAUGAUUGCAACGAUAAAGACGACGAAACUCCUGAAUCAGAUGAAGAUAACACACAUUUGGAUGGAAAUACAGAAUUGGCUCGAAGUGUAAAUAUUGAGGACUCGAACGAUGGAAUUGCUUUAGAUUUGACAACUGAUAGACACGCGAGUGGCGAGCAGUUGCUUCAGUCGGAACCGCUCUCCACUGCCGACAGAAGUGGUAAUGAUAUGAAUGGUCCGCAAACAGAGAGCGAACCACAGGUUAGACCAAAAACACUGAACCCAUCGACAAAUCCUUUCCGAAACAACACAAAUGAAACCGAAAAUGUUAUCCACGUAUUGCCGGAAAGUAUAGUUACCGGCGCUCUCUCUGCGGCCGCACACGUAUAUAACAACGUUAGUCGAGCGCUGUUUUCACGAAAUGAGGGCACAAACUUUGCUUGGGUUACAUCUCCCCCACCGGCGGCACUCCCGCUGCCUGACAUGUAUUGGGACAGACGACAGGCCCAACAGCAUCCAUACUAUGAGCCAAUGAGUCCGCCAUCUGUGCACACGAGUGGACCAAAUACGCCGAUUGUUAAUCAUAUGAGUUCACCCGCUGUUUCAUUUAUGACACCUCCACGUAUGCCCGCACCGACUGCUCCGGUGGCUACGCCUGUGAGCCAACCCGAAGAGGCGCCGACACGAAUGGCCGGUGCGUUGAAACAACUCUUCGAAAUGGGUUUUUGGAACCAAAAGCUAAAUCAAGAAUUACUUGAGAAGAACGGUAUGGAUGUGAACGACACGAUUGAAGAGCUGUUGAGCCCGGAGAGGGCCGCCCGUCGGCGCAGCACUGGAGCUAAUGUUGAGCCGCAACCGCCUGUGGUUUCACAUCAGCCCCGAAACAGUAGAAACGGAUUCAUUGAGGAAUUUGAUUGA